AUACUUCGACAAAUACAUAAAAUAUCUGGCUCUUAACUUGUAUCUAGCCACAAAGGCAAAAUAAUGGGAGCUCAUGCUGUAAUUGUUCCAUAUCCAGGGCGAGGCCAUGUAAAUCCAAUGAUGCACCUCGCCUGGAAGCUUUCCUCUCACAGAAUCCCCGUUACAUUUGUGGUGACCGAGUCAUGGCACAAAAUCCUUACCCAGGCCGACCACAAUCCUUUCACCUACGCUCCAGACAUUCGGGCCGCCAUCAUACCAAACUGCGUGGUUGGGGAAUCGGAAAGGGGCAGAAAUAUCACAGAAUUUUUUCUGUCCCUCUCAAACAUGGAAGCUCAUGUGGCUCAACUCCUAACAAACCUCAAUCGCUCGGGAACGGCCGCAACAUGUAUCGUCGCCGAUGUAUUCCUCAAAUGGGCGCUUCCUUUUGCAAAAAGACACGCUCUCCGGUCUGUUUCUCUCUGUCCAAUGUCUGUGACAAGUUUUUCCAUAUUUGAUCAUUUGGAAUUAGGGUUAGAGGGGUUGAAGGAUUUUAUUGCAGGGUCGCCUCCGCUACAAUCGACAGAUCUUCCAACCUAUCUUACUCCUCCCUCUCCUUUGGUCAAUGAAUUUAUAGAGUGUUUUACUAAUGUGAGGACGGCAGAUUGGAUUGUGGCGAAUUCUUUCAAUGCCUUGGACUUUAGAGCAGUGGAGGCACAGAGGCAUAAAACCCCUGUGUACUGUGUGGGUCCCUUAAACAUGGGCUUCUCUUCAAUGCCCGACUCUCACUGCACUGAAUGGCUAGAUACCAAACCGGCGAGGUCGGUCAUCUAUGUUUCCUUCGGCAGCUUCAUAACUGUGGCAAGACCUCAGGUGAGGGAAAUAGCAGACGGUCUUAUGAAAACAGGGUGCUAUUUUGUGUGGGCGCUUCGUCCAGAUAAGGAGGCGAGUCAUUUCUCGGAGAUGUUGCCCACUGGAUUUAUAGAUGUAUGUGAAGGGCGGGGCUUAAUCGCAGCCUGGUUUAGGCAGGCGGAGGUUCUGAGACAUCCUGCAGUGGGAGGGUUUUUGAGCCACUGCGGGUGGAAUGCGGUCAUGGAAAGCGUGUCAGCAGGUGUUCCCAUGCUGGGAUUUCCUCUUGCAGUGGAUCAGUUUUUCAACUGCAGAUAUAUUGUGGACGAAUGGAAGUUUGGGUUAGGGUUAAAAAAUGGAGAUGACGGGAAUAGGGUUGUAAGAGCUGAAGAAAUAGAGAGCAAGGUGAAAAUGUUGAUGGAAGGGGAGGAGAGUGUGAGAUUCAGAAGAGCAGCAGAGAGAUUUAGGGAUUUGGCGGAGGAGGAAGUGAGUAGAGGAGGACCGUCUGCCACUAGUUUGGAAGCGCUUGUGAAUUUCAUAAAUUUGAAUCCCCAGUGAGUUUUUCUUUGGAUUAGCGUAGCAUGAUAGCUGCUGAGUGAACUUGAUAGAGGCGUGGUCAAAUUAUUUUCUGUCGUUACAUACACUCCAUAUCGCACCGAGUUUUUUCGCUUGGUGCCAUCGAGAACUUUUUUUAAUGAUUUAGGUUCAUAUUUUCAGUAUUAAAGCCUGGAAAUUGUUGUUGCCUGUCUCCUUCAAUGCUUUACAUGAUAUUUUAAGAAAUUAAAUACGAGUACAUAAGGUACUUAGUUCUUAUCAUAA